AUGGCCACAAAUUGUCGUGAAGAUUUCACUUACACUGUCAGCAUGCUUCUUCUAUCUAUAUGGACAAUUAAGAAUCUUAUUCCAUGUUCAUUAUCUCUUUUAGUGAGCUUCAUAUUACCGCACUUUAGCGUCGAUGAGUGUGUCGGAUAUUGCUGGUUAACACUCGGCCGAAUAAGUGUUUCACUUGAAAAGAACAAUCCCACCGUAUUUUGGGCUGAAGUGCUUCCGUACGACGAAAAUGGAAAAUCGGGAUUUGGAGAGGUACUGUUCUCAUUGACAUAUCUCUCACAAGCACAGCGCCUUACUAUGAACAUAUUCAAAGUUCGAAAUCUUCGGUGUCAUACCGACGGAGGAAUUUCUAUCCGGGUAACACUUGUCGGAAACGAAGAUAGGCGAUUAAAACGAAAGAAGACCGGCUCAAGGAGAAACGUGCGAAAUGCACAAUUUAAUGAAUCGCUUACGUUUGGAGUUCCAAAACGAUCACUCUGCGAUAUCUCUCUAGAGGUUGAGGUUCGUAAAACGGCUAUAAUGUUUUCUAUUUGCGUUCUUCACAUUUUGGUACGUAUACCCCUCGUAGGCAGUACAUGA